UAUGCCCUGAUAUCGGCUCUGAGUUUGCUGUUACUGCCUCAAAGGCCGGCGCCUGCCUUACUCUUGUCCGUCGGGUCCAUCUAUCUGGAAGUGGAUAUUCCAUCCUCGGGGGAAGCACCUACUUCUUCUCCUUCAGCAAAAUCAGAACUGGCAGACGCGUGUCAGACGCGUGCUCGCCUCGCUCUGGACCUGGAAUUCUGUCAUUUAAAGGCCCUCCAGCAGUUGACACCAUCACCGACAGUCACUACCAGUAGGGCUUCGCCGCUGCUGGCUUACUCCGCCCGGAAAUCCUCCUCUCUCGAUCGACACGUCUAUGGCGAUCUCCUCAUGUUGAACGACUUCUCCGUCUGGGUAAGACGCCGUGAAUAA